UUUUUGUUGCUCACCGACCCUUCCAACCUUCAUCCCAAACGGAACGGUUGAAUUCUCUGUGAGAUAUGUAGUGUAAAGAUAGAGCAAGUUCACGAGCUAGCUAUCUUUCUUCUGCAACUCUCUUCCCUUCUUUCUGUUAUUCAAAUUCGUAAAAAAAAUACACGCCCAUCAGGGUUGGUGCGUUUCUCACGAGCUUAGACCCAUCUCCGGUCUUUUUCUUCACCAUCCAAUCCUGUGGUCCACGUCCAGCCACUUAAUCAUCACAACAGUACAUCCACCUCAACCUUCUUUCCCUUCGAUCUCUCUCGAUCAGGGCUUCCUCUGAUGAUGAUGAUAAUGUGACUGAUUGUCUUGAACUUUUUAUUUGGUGGGUUUUCCUUUUCUUUUCAUUAGAGGUUGAGAGUACAGAGAAUGGAUCGUUCGGCGGUUACCGUAGGUCCCGGUAUGGAUAUGCCGAUUAUGCACGAUAGUGACCGUUACGAGCUGGUGCGAGAUAUCGGGUCUGGGAAUUUCGGAGUGGCGAGAUUGAUGAGAGAUAAGCAGACUGACGAGCUCGUUGCCGUCAAGUAUAUCGAGAGAGGUGAGAAGAUAGAUGAAAAUGUACAAAGGGAAAUUAUUAACCACAGGUCAUUGAGGCAUCCUAACAUUGUCAGAUUCAAAGAGGUCAUAUUAACACCAACACACCUGGCUAUUGUGAUGGAGUAUGCAUCUGGUGGAGAACUUUUUGAGCGGAUAUGCAAUGCAGGCCGCUUCAGUGAAGAUGAGGCACGCUUUUUCUUCCAACAACUUAUAUCGGGAGUUAGCUACUGCCAUGCAAUGCAAGUAUGUCACCGUGACUUAAAAUUGGAGAAUACGUUGUUGGAUGGAAGCCCCGCACCUCGUCUUAAGAUUUGUGACUUUGGUUACUCUAAGUCAUCUGUGCUCCAUUCACAACCAAAAUCUACUGUUGGAACUCCUGCAUAUAUUGCACCUGAAGUGUUACUUAAGAAGGAAUACGAUGGCAAGAUUGCAGAUGUAUGGUCUUGUGGGGUAACUUUAUAUGUAAUGUUGGUGGGAGCAUAUCCUUUUGAGGACCCUGAGGAGCCUAAGAAUUUUCGCAAGACAAUACAUCGAAUUUUGAAUGUCCAGUACUCCAUUCCUGACUAUGUUCAUAUAUCUCCUGAGUGCCAGCACUUGAUCUCAAGAAUAUUUGUGGCUGAUCCUGCAAAGAGGAUAAGCAUACCUGAGAUUAGGAACCACGAAUGGUUUCUGAAGAAUCUUCCAGCAGAUCUUAUGGAUGUAAAUACAAUGAACAACCAGUUUGAUGAGCCUGAUCUGCCCAUGCAGAGCAUUGAUGAAAUAAUGCAGAUAAUUUCUGAAGCCACCAUCCCAGCCGCUGGUGCCCGUAGUCUCAAUCAAUAUCUGACUGGCAGCCUGGACAUUGAUGAUGACAUGGAGGAGGAUCUAGAGAGUGAUCCUGAACUUGACAUGGAUAGUAGUGGAGAGAUAGUAUAUGCAAUGUGAAUGCCUACUGGGAAGGAACAUUAAAAGCGCUGCUCAGUUGCUGCCAAAAAAUGCUGGAAAGAACUUGUACCAUUUCUUUGGUAAUGGAGAAUCUUAUAGUUAGGAAUUUGUGAUGUGAGUUGAGAACCCAUGUACAAGCAUCCUUAGUCAUUUAUUUCCUUUAAUGGGGUGCUGCUGCUCCUGUAAUAAUAUGAGUGCCACUUCCUAUUGACAUAUAUAUAGACUGUUGUGACGCUUUGUAACAUGGUGAUUGUUACAAAAAAGUCUUAAUGUGUUGCUUAAUUUUAUCACUCUUUAUCAUGUUUCUCUA